AUGGGUAAGCUCGGAUGCAAUAUUGAUGGCAACCUGGAUGACACGAAGUUCAGCCAGCCAAUGCCAUGGAUUGGCCUCUACGUUGCAGCAGCAUCCCUGGCCUUCCUCAUCUCCAUGGCCGCGGAUGUCAUCCAAGGGAUCCGCCGCCAGUUGUUCUGGUUCCCCUGCAAAUUCUCCUCUCUAAAUGCUACUUCCCUCACCUUGUUAGCGGUGGCAACCAAACUGUCCGUGGAUCUAAACACGUCUAUGCCCCGCCGGCAAGAUCAGCUUGCAAAACUCAGCAGCACGAUCCUCAUCUGUACGGUAAUGGGUAAUUCUAUGCCUUCUCUUGGCACCAUGGAGAACAGCGAUAUGUUUACGAAUAUUGUGGCCUUAGGAAUACUUGUUAUUACUGUUAUUGUGAAUGUUUGCAUCCAAUUAGCCACUGGGGUAAUCUAUGUUUUCUGGGGAGAACAUGUUUUCAUCAUGUUUAUAAUGAUUGUUUUGCUUCUCCUCUUGAGUUUUUCUGCUCUUACAGUUCCAAACACUAAGCAGUAUUUGGAACUCAAGUACAAUAAAAGGCACCAAUUAGCUCUCAAGGAAGGCUCGAAUGAAACUAGUAAGCCGGUUGUUGACAAACUUAGAAAGGAUCUUAUGAAGUAUUGGGUGAUGGCUCAUACAGGCAGUCCCCAGUUUGUGAUGGCGCGUUCGGUGACAUGCACCGCUUCUGGAGCAUUCUGUCUUCUGAGCGCCGCAACUUUAGCACAAGCCAUGCUUAGAUCCCACUUUAUGCCCUGGUCAUUUAAAUUUUGCAGCGGAGAAUCUGAUUAUCAUUGGUCGACCACUUCAGUUCUUGUCACACAGACAAUUGCAGUAGGAAUCGGUACUGUUGGUCCAGCUUGUAGAUGGUUCAUCGCCAUCAAUUUCAGUAGCCCAAAAAGGGGAAAUAAAACCAGCCGAAAAUCAUUUAAGGUAGAGAACUACUGGAUCCAGACCCUAGUGGAGAUGAAAGAGUGCCCAUUUACUUUACUAGGAAUUCGUAAGAGGCAUUGCAGGAAACUUGCCCAUGAUGCAAAAGACCAUUUCUUAAACUUGUGCAUCGGAGUGCAGAUAGGUAUUGUGCUAAUUAGCAAAGGGAUUCAAUUCAUUUCCAUUUUCUUUGUAAGCUGGAUCUUAUCAUGCUGCAACUGCUGCAAAGGGUUAUUGAAGUUUAGAUUCAGGAAUGCUGAAUCAGCUUCAGAAUCACCGCCUAAUUCAAAGCUGGAUCUUGGCCGUUUUGUUUUGCAUCUCGAAGGCGAGGAUGCAAUGGUUGGGAUGAUGAUGAAACGCAGUUGUGACCCUACUGAUUAUUGGUUUCGGAUGGGGGAAAAGAGACGGCCUAAAUACCUCAUAAAACUCUUGGAGAGAUCUUCACAAGAAUUCAAGGGAGUGGUGGAGUUUGACAGUAACCAAGUUCUGUCUUUAGAUUCUGAAGAACCGCCAAAUUGCUGGGCUCUUCCUGUGGUUACACUAGCAAGUAUUGCAGUAGUACUUCCUAACAUCAGCCCUAAAUUAAUUGAAGAACUCAUAUGUAGCGUGAAUGAAGGUAUGAUAUAUGUAAGACUCGUUGAAAACAACCUGGACACUAGAAAAGAACUUAUCAACAUCAGGAGGGCAGCAGAGGGGGUGUGGGUACGAGUGGAACUCUAUCGCAAGUGGUUAGAUGUUGAUCUCCAUAAACUGUCCCUUCAAGCAAAAAGCCCAAGGGAAGCACUUGAAAAGCUCUCAGAUACUGCAAAGAACAAUCUUGUGGAGUUCCACAAAAAUCACACGCCACAAUGUUUAAAGCAUGGUCCUUCGAAGUGGCCUAUCAAGGUAUUGGCUGCCAAUUCCAUGUAUAGGAUAACUCAAACUAUGCUGCUAAACAGACAAAGCAGAGAUGACCAGAUAGGUGAGAAACUAUUUGAAGCAGUAGCUGCCAUGAUCUCUGAUAUACUGGGUGCUUGCCUCACUAACUUGCAACGCUUUAUAUCCGCUAAGAGUUUGAGCAGCUCCAUUGAAGAGAGGGAAGACAGCGUGAGACAUGCAGUUCACAUUCUUGGUAAAGCUGAAAAGAUUCUUGAACUUCAACAGCACAGAGCACUUCCCGGUUUAGAUCCUCAUCAAAUGGCAAGCAUUGAUGAAUGGCGUUCAUUUUACAUGCAGAAGCCCUUGCCCCUCAAUCCCUCUCCAUCAGAGAGUGAGGCAGCUUCAAAUUCAAUUGACUUGUACCUAACCAUUGACUAG